GAGUGGUCCAGGGUGGGUGUCGGGGGGAUGGUGGGAGUGUGAGUGGGGAUGCGUACGAUGUGCACAUAUGUAUACGGAACUCGCUAUGUAGUUAGGCUGCGCGCUUGGAUGAUAUCGGAUCAGUCGGUGAAUGUGCCGCGGUGCGAGUGGUAGGACUCCUACCUGGUACUGAUCGCGAUUCUCUCGCAAUAGACUUCGGAAACUGUUCUCGAGUGUGCGGUAUUCACCUCGUCCCCGUUCACCCUCGAACAGCGACGGCAGUGGCGGCGACUCCUUAUGGGGUUGAUGGUCGCGCGCGUGCACGCGCGCCCGGACGUGGACGACGUACGCGGGCGACGUACGUGGCGCGAGGAGAGGAAUGAUGAGAUGACUAUACGUCCUGGGCGCGGCGAACCCCGAGGGAAACGAGAGCUGUGCGAGAGCUGAGUUACGCGCGCCCGCAACACAUCAGGAUCGGCCGGCAUGUGCACGCGGCCUCGCCGGAGCGGGAGAGCGGUCAUCUCGGCGAUCAUCAUCUUCUUUAUCUGGCGAAUUCGCUGUUGCCGGAGCGGUACUGCGGAUGCGGUAACCCCAGCGUGUAACGUCACCGCCGACGGGCGGGAGCUGUUGUGUCGCGGCGCCGAUUUACUCUCCGUUGAACCGAUUUACAAUGUCGAUCUGUCACGAGUCAUCGCUGUCCCCGUUAAUGUCACAAAGAUUGAUCUAACUAACAAUAAUAUAACGGACAUUCCAAUACGUGCUUUCCAUCAAUUUCCCAAUCUCAAAAUUUUAUUUUUUCGACGUAAUCACUUGCGAACCAUUCAUAACGACGCAUUUAUAAAUUUGACGAGCCUUUGUGUACUGGAACUCGAUGAGAAUUAUUUGACAAGUAUACCGCCUGCUGUUGUAAAUCUACCUGGUCUCAAAGAAUUAUCUAUUUCGAACAAUAGAAUAGAACAACUCACAAGAGAUGCGUUGCGCCAUGCUAGUGAUUUGAUGUCGCUCGAUUUACGCGGAAAUCCGAUUAAGCAAAUACACGAUGAGACUUUCCAAAAUCUUGGCAAACUUCGUAAGUUGAUAUUAUCGAAUGUGAAGGAACUGCAGCUCUUUCCCAAUUUAAAUGGAGUAACAUCUUUGGAAAUAUUGAGAUUGGAUCGUUCGCAGCUGAAGGAAGUCCCUUCUAAUCUUUGCCAGCAAUGCCCAAAACUCAAAAGUUUUAACAUGAAAUCUAAUCAUUUGACGGAGAUACCAAAUUUACGAGACUGUAAAGAACUUCGCGUUUUGGAUUUAGCUAGUAAUAUGAUUUCCAUGCUACCCGACGAUGCCUUUAAAGGUUUGAAUAUGUUGCACGAUUUACUUUUAUCCAAUAAUAAUCUGCAGAGUAUCUCUAGCGACGCGUUCACCGGAUUACCUAGACUUCAGGUCUUAGAUCUGGAGAAUAAUUACAUCGAAUACAUACAUCCCGACGCAUUCAGAGAAACGAAACGUUUGCAGGACCUAAAUUUGGGAAAUAACAUUUUCCCUACACUGCCAAUACGAGGUCUCGCGGGAUUAUUGCAUCUCAAGACGUUUAAUAAUCCCGCGCUGCGAGAAUUUCCGUCUCCCGAAAGAUUUCCACGAGUACAAACAAUGUUACUGUCAUACGCUUAUCACUGCUGCUCGUUUCUAUCGAUCGAAGUGGAGGAGUCUGCCACAAGGUCGCCGGUACGGGAAUCGAUUUUGUUUCCCACCGACGAUUUCGAUAGCAGUUUAUGGAAUUCCACUUUCAGCGAUAUUUGGCCACAAUUGGAUAACUUGACUGACAAAUUUGGAUCGCAGAUAAAUGAACUUUGGGCUAACUUUGGUUCAGAUUUUACUUAUCCCGGAAACCUGCCUUCCUACGUAGAAGAUUAUUUUGAGGAUCUAGACGCUCGAACGACAGCGACAACUCGGACAUUUAUACCCUCUCGUAUCCAAUGUUUGCCGCAACCCGGUCCUUUUCUACCGUGUCAAGAUUUAUUCGAUUGGUGGACUUUACGGUGCGGUGUUUGGAUAGUCUUCCUGCUCGCCAUGCUCGGUAAUGGCACCGUAGUAUUUGUUUUGAUAUUUUCGAGAAGCAAGAUGGAUGUGCCACGAUUUUUAGUCUGCAACUUAGCCGCUGCUGAUUUCUUUAUGGGUGUUUAUCUAGGUUUAUUAGCCGUCGUUGACGCAUCAACGUUGGGAGAAUUUCGAAUGUAUGCAAUACCAUGGCAAAUGUCGCCCGGAUGUCAAUUGGCUGGUUUUCUAGGUGUUCUCAGCUCUGAACUGAGUGUCUAUACGCUCGCUGUGAUUACUUUGGAAAGAAAUUACGCAAUAACGCACGCGAUGCAUUUAAAUAAGCGGCUCUCGUUGAAGCAUGCAGGCUAUAUUAUGACAAUAGGUUGGUGUUUCGCUUUGUCGAUGGCGAGUUUACCAUUAUUAGGGGUUUCAGAUUAUAGAAAAUUCGCCAUCUGUUUGCCGUUCGAAACUAACGGCAGUGCCGCGCUCGCGUACGUGGUAUUUCUCAUGCUUAUUAACGGAGUGGCCUUCUUGAUACUGAUGGGCUGUUACCUGAAGAUGUAUUGCGCGAUACGUGGCUCUCAGGCAUGGAAUUCGAAUGAUUCUCGUAUAGCAAAAAGAAUGGCUCUACUCGUCUUUACUGAUUUCCUCUGCUGGUCACCGAUAGCCUUCUUCUCUCUCACAGCGACCUUUGGAUUGCAGUUGGUGUCUUUGGAGCAAGCAAAAGUUUUCGCGGUAUUCGUACUACCGCUCAAUUCUUGCUGCAAUCCUUUUCUAUACGCGAUACUUACGAAGCAGUUUAAGAAGGAUUGUGUAUUGAUAUGUAAGGCGAUCGAGGAGUCGCGCGUAACUCGUGGUAUCGGUAGGUGCCGACAUAGCUCGAAUUUCAGCAAUCGGCAAACGCCGGCCAAUACCAACAGCCUCGUUGAUCGAUCGUCACGGGAAAACCAAGGACCACUUCAAACGCCAUGCGCUUGUGGAAACUCGAGACUCUUGGAAACUGGGAGUCGCUGCUCAUCUUAUCGCUGGUGGAGCGCCGGGAUAUUCUGGCCAUGCGCGCGCGAUUCUCGACACACGCGACACGCGCGUAGCGACCAAUACGCCUAUCAGAUCGCUCAGAUCCAACAGAAACAGCAUAAACGUGCAUCCUCGGUGUCGUCUAGCGAGAACUUCUCCUCGUCCAGAUCAGACUCCUGGCGGCAGGCACAUCAUUGCGGCAUACCGCUCCGACUGCUGGAUCCGAAACGGAAAGCCUCUUCCUGGUUAAUCACUAGAAAACCGUCGCAGGAUUCAAACUUGAGCUCAUCUCGCAACGAUUCUUCCGGUUCCGCGACCACUGCCAGCACCAGUACUUGGCGCAUUUCGAGAUCCAGUGCCUCCUUAGAGAUUAGCGCGCGUAAUACGCCGAGGCCGGUUAGACCGAAGCCACGACUGACACGUCAACUCGCCAUCCAGGAACCGGAACCCCCGGGGUCUCCGAGUAGACUGGCCGUUAGAUUACUCGCCACGAUACCUUCCGCAGCUGAGACUAGCGAUCAACAAGACGAUGAGAAUAUACCGACAAAUUAAAAAUUUUUAUCCGACUAUUUUUAUGUAUUAUACAUACAUAAUACGCGCAAUAUUUUCUAAGUGUAUUGUUCUCAUCGAGCGAAUUCUUCAACAAAUUCAGUAUUAACGAUCUUCGCUGAUAUACCUGUGUAGUUUGUAGCUAUAUGUAUGUAUAUUUAUAUUUAUGGCAUUUUAUAUACAUCUUUCGAAUUGUUGCUUAAGCGAAGUAGAAUGCGCGAAAAGAGUAUAAUAGAGAUUAUCUAAACGAUGUAUCAGUGAUUUUCUGAACAGGUUUUUUGUUCAAUGUCGUUGGUAAUCCGUUUAUCCGGAUUUUAAUAAAACACUUUAAAAUUUUUUUAAAGGAAGAUCAAUAAAAUGCUCAGUUUUAAAAGAUAAUCAAUAAAUACAAUUGUUCUUACAACGAAACGUAAUUGGAUUAUGAAAUCAAACAUUGAUCUGUUUCUAUUUAAAUUUAAUAGAAAUUUAACAAAAUAUAGUCCAUCCGUCCGUCCGUAUAUGUAUAUAUAUGUUAUGUAUUUAUAUUUUUACGUUAUAUAAGACUGAUUAUGGGUUCUUCAACUCUGUACCAUGUACACUGAUUGUUGAUCAAAGAGCCUCCAACUACUAGUCUUAGUAGACAGUAGUCAUUUGAUAGUUAUUACAUAGAACUGUCCAUAAUGAUAUUUUAAUUUAUAUAGCAAAUAAAUCUACGUAAAUUAUAUAUUUAACAACGGUUUUAUCGUUCUAAGUAUUUUAUAAGAUUUUGAGCCAAAUCACAGUUUACCUCUUGCGCGAUGUUUAAAUAAUCUUGAUAAUGGCGUGCUUAUUUAUGAGCAGAUAUAUUUUACUGUACGGACGGAAAGUCGUGUUUGUGCCGCUAUCAAACAUUGCGUAGAGGCAGAUUUGAUGAAUUUAGUUUUGUGUCAACUUUUUAACUCUAUGAAAUUUAGUUUGUAAAAAACAUUUUUCAAUUGUAUAUAAUUCGAAAAUUAUUGCCUCAACAUUUUUGCUUAGGAAAAAUCACUAAAAAAAAUCUCAAAAUUGGACAAAGAUUUUGCUAUUAAGAAAACAUCCAGUAAUUUUGAGACAUCUUUGUAUAUACAUAUAUAUUAUAUAUAUAAAUCAGCGUAAAUUCGAUUAAUAAUAUCAAAAAAUUAGUCAUUGCGAAUUUUACCGAGUGUUUGUUAAAAAUAGUUAAUAAUAGCAUGUGAUGUGUUAACGAAAAUCAAAUAAAAUCUUCGUGAAACUGAUCGAUUGAUAAUAAAUAUUCUUUAGUCUGCGAAGUAAUUUAAACUGAACUAAAAAUCUAAAGUUAUUUAAGUUAUUUAAUCUGUGGAAGUUAAAAUUAUUGAAAUAAAGUUUAUAUAUAUAUAUAUAUAUAUAUAUAUAUAUAUAUAUAUAUACAUAUAUAUAUACAUGCAUCAUGAAU